AAGGGUGUACAGUGUGAGGCAGUUAUUGGUCGAGAAGUGAAGAGUGAGCACGGGAAGGAGGGCUGAGGGAGCGGGGAAAAGGAGACCUCUGUUAGCGUAGGGACACGUGCACUGCUUGUCUGCCAUCUGUGCAUCAGUAGCACUUCGCCGGCGCCAUGACCGAAGACGAGACAAAAGUAGAAGCAGAGAAAGAUACAGCAGAAAAGGAGGAGACAGAAGAAGAAGAGAAAGAAACUGAGCGGCGCAUCAAACCAAACAAUCCAGAGUUCAACGCGCAGUUUAAUUAUGCCAAAAACUACAUCAAGACCUCCAAGUACACGCUGCUGAACUUCAUCCCGUACAACCUGUUCGAGCAGUUCCAGCGGUUGGCCAACUUCUACUUCCUGUGCCUGCUGGUGCUGCAGCUGAUCCCCGUCAUCUCGUCGCUCACGCCCGUCACCACCGCCGUCCCUCUCAUCGGUGUGCUGAUGGUCACGGGCAUCAAGGACGCCUACGAUGACUUCCAACGACACCGCAGUGAUAACCAAGUGAACAGGAGAAAAUCCUACGUGUUGAGAAAUGGCCAGUUGGCAGAAGAGAUGUGGAGUAAGGUGGAAGUGGGCGAUGUGAUCCGGAUGGAGAAUAAUCAGUUUGUGGCAGCCGAUGUCUUGCUGCUGUCCACAUCUGAACCCAACGGCCUUUGCUAUAUUGAAACAUCGGAGUUGGACGGGGAGACCAAUCUCAAGUCCAAGCAGUGUCUGCCGGAAACGGAGGACUUCGGGCAAGAUGUUGGCCGCAUCGGGUCGUUUCAGGGGGAAAUUCGAUGUGAACCCCCGAACAACCAGCUUAAUAAGUUCGAUGGAACCUUGUACUGGGAUAACCAAGCGCAUCCCUUGGACAACGACAAGAUCCUGCUGCGUGGCUGCAUCCUCCGGAACACUCAGUGGUGCUACGGCGUGGUCAUCUUCGCCGGCAAGGACACCAAACUCAUGAUGAAUUCUGGGAAGACAAAGUUCAAACGCACAAGUAUUGAUAGAUUGUUAAACUUCAUUAUUUUAGGGAUUGUAUUUUUUCUGCUUUCUAUGUGCCUAUUUUGCACUGUAGCCUGUGGAAUAUGGGAGACAUUGACAGGUCAGAACUUCAGAAUUUACCUGCCAUGGGAUAGUCUUGUGCCACCAGAGCCAGCUGGCGGUGCUGCUGUGAUAGCCCUCCUGGUCUUUUUCUCAUAUGCAAUUGUCCUGAACACCGUUGUGCCUAUUUCUCUAUAUGUUAGUGUGGAAGUAAUUCGAUUAUGUCAGAGCUUCCUCAUCAAUUGGGAUGUUGCCCUUUGUUAUACUCCUACUGGGGUGCAUGCAAAAGCACGCACAACCACCCUGAAUGAGGAGCUUGGCCAGAUUGAAUAUAUUUUCUCAGACAAGACUGGAACUUUGACACAGAAUAUUAUGACAUUCAACAAAUGUUCAAUAGCUGGAAGAUCAUUUGGAGAUAUAAUAGAUCCAAGAACAGGUGAAAGUUUGGAAAUUAAUGAGUACACAAGAUCAGUGGAUUUGUCACACAACCCAUACCAUGAGUCAAGCUUCAAGUUUUAUGACCAUGCACUGACAGAUGCUCUAGAUGCCAGUGAUCCCAGCUGUGAGCUCUUCUUUCGACUCCUGGCACUUUGUCACACUGUGAUGUCAGAGGAUAACAAUGGAAAACUGGAAUACCAAGCCCAGUCACCAGAUGAGGCUGCGUUGGUCUCAGCGGCUCGCAACUUUGGUUUUGUUUUCCUUUCUCGCACGCCAAAUAGUAUUACCAUAUCAGCAAAAGAAAAUGAAGAAGUAUAUGAGCUGCUUUGUAUCCUUGACUUUAACAAUGUCAGGAAAAGAAUGUCGGUAAUUCUCAAGAGAGAUGGUAAAAUACGUCUAUAUUGUAAAGGUGCCGACUCCAUCAUAUACGAAAGAUUAAAAGAUGGACAAGAAAGUUUGAAAUAUCAUACUCAGGAGCAUCUGAAUAAAUUUGCAGGGGAAGGUUUGCGAACACUAUGCCUUGCGUACAAGGAUUUAGAUGGAGAAUAUUUUCAAAAUUGGAAAGCUCGGCAUCAUGAAGCUGCCAUUUCUCUGGACAGGCGAGAGGAGAAAUUGGAUGCUAUUUAUGAAGAGAUUGAAAAGGAUCUUAUUCUCUUGGGAGCUACAGCUAUUGAGGACAAACUGCAAGAUGGAGUGCCUCAAACCAUAGCCAAUCUUGCAAUUGCUGGCAUUAAGAUCUGGGUGCUUACAGGUGACAAACAGGAAACUGCAAUCAAUAUUGGUUAUUCCUGCCAGUUGUUGACAGAUGAUAUGCUUGAUAUCUUCAUCAUUGACGCCCACACUGCCUCCGAAGUUGAAGAUCAGCUCAAGAAAUAUCGUGAGGAGAUUCGCAAUGUUAAUGCCACAAGUCAACCUCAGACAAAUCUAUCAGUUGUCACAUUCAGCGAUGAAGGCGUUGGGCAGGACACUCUGAGUGAUGCUGGUGAGCCAAAUGGAGGCUUUGCUCUGGUCAUUAAUGGACACUCAUUGGUUUGGGCUCUCAGUCCCAAGUUUGAGCAGCUCUUCCUGGAAGUUGCCAGUCAGUGUAAAUCCGUUAUUUGCUGUAGAGUGACACCCUUGCAAAAAGCCUUGGUUGUUGAUUUGGUGAAACGCUACAAGAAAGCAGUGACUCUGGCAGUGGGUGAUGGAGCUAAUGAUGUGUCAAUGAUUAAGACUGCUCACAUUGGAGUAGGCAUAUCUGGCCAGGAGGGCUUGCAAGCGGUCCUGGCAUCGGAUUAUUCAGUGGCACAGUUCCGUUUUCUCGAGAGACUGUUGCUGGUGCACGGGCGCUGGUCCUACUACCGGAUGUGCAAGUUCCUUAGAUACUUCUUCUACAAAAACUUUGCUUUCACUUUAUGCCACUUUUGGUUUGCCUUCUUUGUGGCAUUCUCAGCACAGACACUGUUUGAUCCCAUGUUUAUAUCAGUCUAUAAUCUGUUCUACACAUCGAUGCCUGUGUUGGCUCUCGGCAUCUUUGAACAAGAUGUCAAUGCAGUGAAUAGUAUCAAGUUUCCCCGUCUCUACAGUCCUGGCCUCAACAAUGCUCUGUUUAAUAAACGAGAAUUCUUCAGAUCUGCCCUUCACGGAUUUCUAACCUCUUGUGUCCUGUUCUUCAUACCCUUUGGUGCAUACUACAAUGGCAUGGAUCAGGAUGGACGUAGCAUGGCUGAUCAGCAGACAUUUGGCAGUGUUGUAGCAACAAUACUUGUCAUUGUAGUCACUGUUCAAAUUUGUUUGGAUACAUCAUAUUGGACCAUGUUCAACCACAUCACAAUAUGGGGAUCUCUCAUCUUUUACUUUCUGCUGCAAUACUUCUACAACUUCGUCAUCGGUGGCGAAUAUGUUGGAGCUCUAGCAAAGGCCAUGGGUGAGCCAAUGUUCUACUUUACCUCGCUCCUAACUAUCGUGGUGUUGAUGCUGCCUGUGAUGGCGUGGCGCUUCUACUGGGUGGAUGUCCACCCCACUCUCUCCGACAAGGUGAGGUUUAAACAGCGCCACGAUGCAAAGAUGGCAAGCAAGAGAUCUGACCACGACAUGCUUCGCACUCCAUCGGCAAGAAGAUCACGGCGAUCCAUCCGCUCGGGUUAUGCAUUUGCCCACCAGGAAGGUUUUGGCCGCCUCAUCACAAGUGGAAAAAUCAUGCGGCCGAGAAAUCCAAAGCCUGGCGCCAUGUCCAAUGGCCGAACCUCAAAUCUUCGUCCAGAUGCCAACAGAGUUUCAAUGGUGGCACCAGCACCCUCUACGGUGGAGGUGUAAUGAUCACCUUUUGUACUUAUCAGUUGUGAAUGUGUGUGUGCGCCUGUAUAUAUAAUAUAUUGUGGUGAUGAAAUAAUGUUUGGGGAUAUUUAUUUGAAUCUGCCACUGGUGCCAAUAGUUUGAUUUAGGAAACUAGAAAACACUUAGUAAAUACAAUUCUUUUAUUAAUACAGUAUUUGAAAGUUAUUUUCCUAAUAGCUUAUGUGAACCUAGGUGAUAAAGGCAGAGCCUUAUUAUUCUUGUAAAUGGAGAAAUGUCUAUGUGAGAGGAAAUAUCAAAGAAAAAUGAAAUUUGGAAAAGUGAACUUCAGAUGAAGACAUUAGUGAUAAAGCUAAGAAAAGAAAGAGAAAAGUGUUUGAAGACUUAUGCAUAGAAUGCCAAGUUUUUUUUUUUUUUAUCCCAAAAUGAAAAGCUAAGAUUGCCUUGACAUGUACUUAGGCCACGAUGGAGGUGCCACUUGGUGCUCCCUUCUCAUAAGUGUACUUAUGCUAGAUUUCUCAGGUUUUCUUUCUUUUAUAUGAUUUUUUCCCUUUUUUUCUCCCCCUCUCUUUCUUUGUUUAUUAAUGUUGAAGUUAUUAUUUAUUUUCCUUAGAUUUUUUUCCCAGUCAACUAAUUGUUUUUAAGCAUGUGUCCAUCUUUGUGGUGGAAGUGUUGGGCAAGGAACAAUGUGUGGUGGCCUUUGAGGGUUGUUCUUGUUUAGUCAGUUAAUUGUUUUCUUUUUUUCUUUUUCUUUUUUUUUUGCUUUUUAACUUGUCCAUGAGAGAUGUACAUUUGUAGGUUUUAGUUAUGGUAAUGGAAUUCCAUAUGUGCUGAUUGAUAUACAUUCACAUGUAAUAAGAUGACAUACAUGUUAAAACAUAUAAUAAUACAUCCAUACAUUUUACAUUUUUUGUACACAAAUUCCAGUUUAUAAUUACAGAAGAAGAAUACACAUUUACAUUUUCAACUAGUCAUUGUUCUUUCAUUUCACAAACCACUAUGCAAUAAUUGUACAUUAAAGCUACCAGUGGAAUAGCACUGACACUAUGCAUAAGCUCAUUUUCACAAAUUCAACCCUAUCCAAGACUACCCUUGCUUUCAGUGUAUCUAGGGAUUGUUUUGCAACUGUAGAGAAAUUUACAAAUCUAAUUUAGUUUUUGAGAGAGAUAAAAGCAAAUUGUAGCCUUCUUUUGGCUCCCAUUGGUCCUUCUUGCCCCUGUGUCAAUAAAUACUGACAUCUCAGAUUUUUGUGCUUGGAUUUCCGUUCUUGACAUUUUGGCACUCUCUCUUGUGCUUGUACUCAUACUUGCACUUAUAUUCACUCACACUCACAUUUACAUUCCAAAAAACACACACACACACACACACACACACACACACACACACACACACACACACACACACACACACACACACACACACACACACACACUCUCUCUCUCUCUCUCUCUCUCUCUCUCUCUCUCUCUCUCUCUCUCUCUCUCUCUCUCUCUCUCUCUCUCUCUCUCUCUCUCUCUCUCUCUCUUACUCUCUCUCUCUCUCUCUCUCUCUCAUUAUAUGUAUAUAUUUCAUUAUCACUGUAAUUUGGUAUUUCAAGAAAACAAAUUAAGCAAUUUUAUCCAGAUCAUGAAUCCUUAUUUUAAUGUUUGGCAGAUUUUGCCAUUUGUGUUUGGAAAUGUCAGUAACAUGUUUUAGUCUGUAUGAAAUGUCGGUCUUUUAGAUACUGUAUAGUAAGCAGUUUUGUUUACCAUUAUUUUUAACAUGAUUUUGAUGAACUGUGAAUGAUUUCUCAGCAACAUACUUUGGUAAAAAGAAAAGUGUUUGUAUAUUAAACAUACUGACAUUGAAAAGUUGGAUAAUUAUGGAAAAUAAUAUCCAUCUGUACUGAUGACACUGUUGAUGAUGGUGUUCAAGUAGGUUGAGUGUUGCACUGCAGGUAAUGUCAGUAUAUUUUGUGGAUGCACUGAUUUGCUUUUCUAUGUUCAUUUAUUAUUUGGGUUCCAAGAUCACCUUUCCCUCUUUUUCUCUUCCUUGUAGAUAUUUCAGUAACAUAUGCAAUAGUAAAUCAACAGCAGAUAGUAAGAGGUGCUCUUUCAAUUAAGAAGUAUGGGUAUUUUCAUGUUAUUGUGAUGUAGACUUGUUGUAAUUAUUGGGAAGGAGUUCAUUUCAUGAUCUAUUUAAUUAACUGUUAAAGAAGUUAGUAUUUGUCUUUGUUUAUCUUUUUCUGAAGCAGGAGAGACACAAUGGAUGUGUUUGCAGUAAAGAGAAUUUUAAGUUUGAUUCUGAUUGGCAGAAUUCACUAGGCUAAUUUGUCUACAGUCUUGGCACUCUUGAGAAGUAGGGGUAAUGUAUGUGGAAUUGAAAAUAUCGAAUUUAGUGUUUUAUGUAACACAUCGCCCUUUUCUGUGCUUGUGGUGCUCUUUGAUAAUUUCCAUAUGUAAACAUAAGAAAUAACAAAAAAUGUAAGAAAAAAGAAAAGAAAAAAUGAUUUUUUUAGUUUGGUUGUUUUGACUGAUUUUAUAAAGUUCAGCUGGUGUUUCAUCACAGUGUUUUAUUUUUUGGAAAAUAACUAAGCAAAACAUUCAGAGUGAAAAUUGAGGUGGUUUCAUCCUUUGAGUAGAGUAUGUAGUUGUGUUUCAUAUCAACUAUGAAAGUUAAUAAGCAAAUUUCAAAGACACAUAUACACACCCACACACUCACAUGCAUGCACACAUGUGCUAACACUUAUUCACUCUCUCUCUCUCUCUCUCUCUCUCUCUCUCUCUCUCUCUCUCUCUCUCUCUCUCUCUCUCUCUCUCUCUCUCUCUCUCUCUCUCUCUCUCUCUCUCUCUCUCUCUCUCUUUCUCCCCCCUCCUCUCCCUCUCUCUCUCUCCCUCUCUCCCUCUCCCUCUCUCCCUUCUUCCCCUUUCUUUCACCCCCCCCUCUCUUUCUCUUUCUCUUUCUUUCUCUAUAUGUAUACACAUACACUCAGAUGAGAUUAUAUGUACAAGAACACAACAGAGAGAGAAAGAUAUGUCAUCUAAGAUUAUUAGAUACAUUUUUUAUAAUACUUUAAAAAAGCAUCUGGGUGGUACUAGGGUCAUAUUACAGGUUAUGGAUAGAUAUUACAACAGUCUAGAAUUCAGUGUGAGUAUUUUGCUUCUUUAUUACCUUGUAUAUGAUUAUAUUUUAAAACUUUAGUAUUUAUAGUUCUAGAGUAUUCACCUCAUAGAAAGUAGUCUUUUAUUUUUAAAAAUAAUAGUAAUACUUUUGGUCAUAUUCCCAUUUCCUAUAGAAAUUAGGAAAGUAAUUUAUUUAUGUAUUUUUGUUCAGUCAUUUUUAGCUAAGGGAUGCAGUGGAAUUGAAACCAUAUUUGCAUGCAUUUAUGCUUGAAUUGGAUUAAUAAGUAAAUUUAAAGUGUAUUUUUAUCUUUUUUUAUUGAAAAAUAUCUUCAUCAUAAUCAUACAUGUUUAUUUGUUGGUGGGUAUUUCUCCAUGAUUAUUUAGUAACAACUAUACAUUUAAUGUAUAUGAACAUGUGCCAAUGUGUACUGUGUAAGAAUAUGCACAAAAUGUGUUUUAUGAUUCAACAUGAUUUUCUUAUCUAUUCAUAGACUUUUACCUUGAAAGCUUUGAAAGUCUGCUUAGGUUGUACAUGAGACAUAUUUUUCUAUCUCUAAGAUAUAAUUAUUGCUGUUGCAGUGAGGAACUAUAGGUCAGAGCACUGUUGAUAGUUUAUGAUACGUGUUGAUAUUUAUUGAAUAUGUUUUGUUAGUAUUUGUGAUACACGAUUUGCAAAGUAUUGGCAGAUUUUUGAAAAUAUAAGGUUACAUACACUGAUAUAUGCUCCAUCUAUGUUUCAGAUAUAAUGUGCCUUUUAUUUGUUUUGUAGCUAGAUAAGAAGUAUCUGUCAGCUUUGUGUAGAAUGAAUAAAAGUUUUCAUGUUGAUUUGUAGACACUAAUGCUAUUUUCUUCAAAUCAUUGUUUCCUAUUUAUGUGUUUUUUCUUUUUUUUCUAGUAAGGAAAGGGUUUUCUUGAAAUAAAUUGUUUAAUUAUUAAUGUAUUUUCAUAUAUUAUCUAGAAAAAAAAUUAUUGUAUAUAAUAUGGUUAUGGAACCAAUGUGAUAUUUUAAUGAACAAAGAACACGAAAGAUUGCAUUGCAAAUAGUAGGUUUUUAUGCACAUGGUUGAUAAAUAAUGAUGUUGUGAUGGCAUUGUUACCUAUGGUGAAGAUCUUUCAUUUCUCUUUUCUGUCUUUACAGAAUAGCUUUUAUCACAUUUAGUUUGUGAAUUACAAAUAUUGCAAGCUGCCUUUGAAAAGGAAACAUCACAAAUGCAUCAAAACACUUUAAUAUAAAAGAAAAAUUAUAAAUAUUAUGAAAAUAUAUGCCAACAUUAUAAGUGUGACAGAAUAGACAACCGUAUGUUUGUAGUGAAAUGAUGUAAAGAAACACAGAUAGUUUAUUUUUUCUGAUGUAGGCAAUGAAGAAAUUUGUUAAUAAAUUUUGAAAAUGUAGGUGGUGGUUAAAUAAACUGUACACCGAUGACAAA